CUCUUUAAGAUCAUCCGACUUAUUCUUAUUGUUAUGAAGCUUGUGCUUGUGUUAUAUAUUUUAUUCCUUAUUCAUUGUUUAUAUUGCCCAUAUACAAAAGUAGAAGAAAGUUUCAACAUUCAAGCUAUACAUGAUUUAUUACAUCAUUCAAAUAAUCUUACUCUUUAUGAUCAUCUGGAAUUUCCUGGUGUAGUACCUCGUACUUUUCUUGGUGCUUUAUUUAUUGCUUGUCUAUCAAAACUCAUUCUCUGGCCACUUUCUUUUCUUCUUUCUUGGAAUCUCAUUACGGAACAAUGUAUAGUACGACUUCUUCUUGGUGCUUGUGUAUGUUUCUCUUUGAACAAAUUUCAAAAGGCUAUCAAUACUUUGUUUGGUAGUUUGACUGGAACUGCUUUUUUAUUAUUGACUUGCUGUCAAUUUCAUAUUAUCUUUUGGUCUACCCGUACUUUACCCAAUACUUUUGCUUUACCCCUUGUCCUCCUUGGUCUCUCCCAUUGGUUGAAAAGCAUGGCCGCCACUGCCGAUCGUACCCAUCAUUUAUACCACAUGAUCUAUUAUCUUUCCAUAGCCGGUGUCAUCUUUCGUUUUGAAGCUGGUCUUCUCUUGAUGAUUUUAUUAUGCUUUGAAGUCUUGAUCUAUCGUCAUUUAGAUAUAUUGGAUGCUAUUUAUCGUAUUGCCUUGGCUGGUUUACCAAGUUUAUUUAUUUCCGUACUCAUCGAUUCCUGGUUUUGGCAGAAAUGGUUAUGGCCUGAAGGUAUGGUAUUUUAUUUCAAUGUGAUUUUGAACAAGAGCUCAGAAUGGGGUACCCUUCCUUAUCACGCUUAUGUCACACAAUUCUUACCAAGACUACUUAUGAUUUCUUAUCCUUUGGCGAUCGUUGGUUUGAUAUUCGAUACAAGAAUCAGGCGAUUAUUAUUCCCUUUUAUCACUUAUAUUUCCAUCUUCUCUUUACUUCCUCACAAGGAAUGGCGAUUCAUCAUUUAUACUAUUCCUGUUUUUACAGCAGCUGCAGGUGUCACACUCUCGAAAAUCUCAACAAGAAUUCAACGCAAUAACUCUAGGAUGUUCACCACAUUGAUGAUGAUUUCUCUUUUUGGUGGUUUGUUACUUUCUUUUAUUUUAUCAACCUUCUUAUUGGUUAUUUCAAGACUCAAUUACCCUGGUGGAGAAGCUUUGGCGAAUUUACAUCAUCACCAUCAUCAACAACAAUACAACCAAAAAGUGAAAGUUCAUAUGGAUGUCAAAACGGCAAUGACAGGGGCAUCGCGUUUUGGAGAACUUUAUAAUUCAGAAUGGUCGUACAGUAAGGAUGAAUCACAUACUACCUUGGAAGAUUUUUUAGAUGCUCGAUAUACCUAUCUUAUCACGUCGGCUUCACCAAAUACAUUUGCUCCUGAUUAUUCUGUCAUCGGUAUCACCUAUGGAUUGGAACGCGUUCAACCCCGCUCAAUCGCAACCUAUAUGAACGAUAUCAAACAUGGACGCUGGUCGAAAAUUUUACAACCAUUGGAUAUUGAUUUUCAACCUAGUUUAUAUACCUUGGAACUAACACAUCCUGAACAAUCAUGGAUUCAACAUACAUUACGUAAAUAUCCUAUCGUACUUUACAGCAAAACAUAUUGUCCUUAUUGUCGUGGAGCAAAACAAAUUUUGAGCAACUAUUGCAACAAAUCACAAAUACAUGUUAUAGAAGUGGAUCAAUUACAAGAUGGUGGACAAAUCAAACAGGUAUUGAAGGAAAUAUCAGGUAGAUCCACAUUUCCCAAUCUCUUUAUUUUUGGUGAAUCUCUUGGUGGUUAUGAUGAUUUGGUUCGUUUGGAACAAGAACAUUUGUUGGGUGACAAGUUACCUAUGGGUUGUCAUGGUGACACCACAUAAAUAUGGACCUGAUCAAUUCACUUAAGAUUAUUAUUAUUAUUAUUAUCAUCAUCAUCGUACUUUAAUAUCCUUAUUUUAGAUUCCCUAUUAGUUGUAUUUUUUUUUGUCUACAUUCACUAUUUUAUUCUUAUUCACUUUUUCUUAUUUUUCUUUUUUGUAUGUG